AUGGCCCGGGAGCCAGGCACCGGUGUUGCUUCCAAAAAAACGGGCGUGGUGCCUCUUUGGGCCUGCAAUUCGCGUUUCGGUGGGAUUGGCGUAGUCGCGUACUCUGGUUUUUUUGUGAAACACGGGAGACCGCAUCGUGGACUGACACAGCCGCCAAGGUUCGCAAAGGAGCUUGACCAAGACGCUGUCCCAGAAUGGCGGGCCAAAUAUUUAAACUACAAGGCCGGGAAAAAGCACAUCAAAGCCGUCACGCGCGCCAUCAACCGCGCCAAUGCGACGCCGACCUUGACCAGGAAGGGGACCGAGGCACCCCAGGCGAAAACUCCGGCCAACAUCUUCGGCAUAGAUCAUGAAUUCACGCCUAACCGGAGUUCGACGGGAGAUCCGUCGCUGUUCCGGUGCAAAUCCGCAGCCGAUGCACCCGGGGGAAACGAGCGGUCAGGGUUGGCGAGCUCCCCGGGCAGCACUCUACAAUAUGGCAGUUUUGGGCCAUCGCCAUCGCGCCAGAGCGACAGGAACGACUUUGAACUCCCGGCCCCCGCCAUGCGGGUUCCCUCCAACACGGGCGAUCCCGUAUGGCACCGUAUGCCACUCCCGCGCAGCGCAACUAUGGCGGAUGAUGCAGCAAGGUUGGGCCGCCCCUCCCCGUCGUUGCGCACCUUCCGGUCCAGAGGCACAGCUCCAACGCCGCGCCUGCGUGUUGCCCGGCUCUUCUCCACCGCUUCCUCGGCGCCCAGGCAGACGCCAAACAGGGCCGAGAUCGGGUUGCAGAACCUGGACUACGUCCGCUCGGCCGAGCGCGACUUCUUUGCAUUUCUCGACAGCGAGCUGGACAAGAUCGAGACGUUCUACAAGGAGAAGGAAGAUCAGGCGACGGAGCGCCUGGCCGCACUGCGCGCCCAGCUUCACGAGAUGCGCAACAGACGGACCGCCGAGAUUGCCGAGUCGAGAAAGAGGAGAGAGCAGGCGCGCAGCAGCAGGCGCAGCGAGGAGGAAGACGCCAACGGGCGGCCCAAGGACCGCAAUCGAGCCUGGAUCGGCCCGCUCAAACACCGCUUCAUCAAGCCCGGGCCCAACUCGGAGGAGCUCCAGAAGAUGACCAGGACCCCCGUCAUGACGGGCCAGAGCCAGACGGUGGACGUGGGCCGGGACUACGUGCGGAGACCACAGCAGGCCAACGACGUCCCGUACCGGACCGCCAAGCGCAAACUCAAACUGGCCAUGCAGGAGUUCUACCGCAGUCUCGAGCUACUCAAGUCGUACGCCCUCCUGAACCGGACGGCGUUCCGCAAGCUCAACAAGAAGUACGACAAGGCGGUCAAUGCCCGGCCGCCCUACCGGUACAUGAAUGAGAAGGUGAACAAGUCUUGGUUCGUCAAUAGCGACAUCCUAGACGGCCACUUGCGCACCGUCGAAGAUUUGUACGCCAGGUACUUUGAGAAAGGGAACCACAAGAUCGCCGCCGGGAAGCUCCGAGCCCUGCAAAAACGUCAGGGGGACUCCUCCGACAGCGCGUUCCGCAGCGGCCUGAUGAUCGGCCUCGGCUCCGUCUUCGCCGUUCAGGGGCUCAUAUACGGCUCCGAGAUCCUCCUCGGCCACGAGGACGAGGAUUUUGUCGAACAGACGGGCUACCUCCUCCAGCUGUAUGGCAGUUACUUCCUCAUCCUCCUCCUCUUCGGCUUGUUCACCCUCGACUGCCGGAUGUGGUCCAAGAAUAAGGUCAACUACCCCUUCAUCUUCGAGUUCGAUGCCAGGAAUUUUCUGGACUGGAAGCAGGUGGCCGAAUUCCCCAGCUUCUUCUUCACCCUGUUCGGCGUCUUCCUCUGGCUCAACUUCUCGAGGUCGGGCAACUGGGAAGAGCUGUACCUGUAUUACCCCGUCAUCCUCAUUUGCAUUUCUCUCGUCAUCAUCUUUCUCCCGGCACCGAUACUGCAUCACAAGGCUAGGCGCUGGUUCUUGUACUCUCAUUAUCGGCUCCUCCUGUCGGGUUUAUACCCAGUCGAACUAGAGACUUCUUCAGCAAUCUGGGAUCUCUUUAUGGAUUUCUCCCUCCUCCAAGCCAACGCUCAGCAGCGGCUCUUACGCGAUAUCACGGCGCUCCGGCCCGUCUGGAUCUACUAUGUCAUCAUGGUCCUCGACCCGAUCCUGCGCUUCUCGUGGAUCUUCUACGCCAUCUUCACGCACGACAUGCAGCACAGCACCAUCGUCUCCUUCAUGGCCAGCUUCGCCGAGAUCGUCCGCCGCGGCAUGUGGACUCUGCUGCGCGUCGAGAACGAGCACUGCGCCAACGUCGCCCAGUACAAGGCCGCCCGCGACACGCCCCUGCCCUACCACCUCGAGCAGUUUGUCCAGCGGCCCAGCCUCGAACAAGCCGCAGCCGCCGCCACCGCUACCGCCGGAGCUGUGGGGGCCGGAGCGGCCUUGGCGCCGGCGGUCGACGAUGCCGGCCGGCCGACCACGGGAGCCGCCGCCACGCCGAGCCUGCGCCACAGACCCGGCACGGCAGCCACGCCUGCAGCUGCAGCUGCAGCGACUCCCUCCUCCCUGCGCCCGGUCACCGCCGCCACCACCACUAUGGCGCCCACACCGCGUAGCGAGAGAGCCGCCGCGCCGCAGGAGGUGACGGCAACGGCGCUCGAGGAGGGAGCGGCGGCGGCGGUCGCCAGGUCGGGCACGUUCCGCCGGCGGCUGUCCGACGCGGUCGGCAAGCGGUCGAUCCUGCAGGCCAUGGCGGAGGCGCACAAGCAGGACUUUGAGAAGCGGCGGCCGACAGCCGCCGAGGCAGGGCGGGACGACCGGCGGGCAGCGGAGGAGGUGGAUGACGUCCUGGGGAGCGAAGACGACGAGAUGGAGGAGUUGAAGAGCGACUACGACGACGACGACGACGAUGACGAUGGUAACGAACAUGGUGACAAUAACAAUGAUGGUGCUGGGCAUCACCAUCAUCAUCAGCAUCAUCGCCAACAUAGUCUUCAACACCAUCGCCAUCACAGUCUUCAACAUCAUCGUCGUGUUCAUAGUGUGGGGGGUGGUGGUGGUGGUGGUGGUAGGGGUAACGGCAGCGGUGAGUAG